AUGGCUCAAGGAGACUCCGGAGCCCAACGCUCUGGCCAGCCAGCUUCCAACCCUCCCUUCAAUGCCCCGUCCUUCUAUCCGCAGCCUCGCGGAACUCAAGGUUCGGACGGCGGACAUCAACCCCAGGCUGCUUCGCACAUAGUAUCCAACGCGAAUUCUUGGGUCCCAUCAGCCCAACAGGCUCUUCACAAUGCCCUUCAGGCCAGCGGAUAUGCUGGUACCCAGCCUGGUAUGAACAUGGCAACAGCCCUUCCUGCACAGUACUAUGGCUUUUCUGGUCCUCCCACAGCACCGCCCAACAGCCCCUCAGACGGUGCUGCCCAGACAAUCUACUCAGUCAUGUCAUACGCCCCUAACGCUGUGGCCCCUUAG